CUCGCGGUUUCAGGCGGAAGCUUUGGGCGCGUCAAACGAGUAAUCGUAGCUCGUAGCCAUAAUUUGAUCAUUCAUAAUUAUCACUAUUGUCAGUUUCAAGGACUCUAAAGAUGCAGCCUACGAUGAUGCCGCGCUAAGUGCAACGAGGCGGUUAGUUUCUGAGUAUUGUAUCAGUACAAUAAUGCGCCGUAUAUGUUUGUUUUACGCAUUGACGACAAUAUUCGUACGUGAUUACGAGAACUACGCGUAACUGAUAUCAACUUGCGUAGCUCGGGUGUCGAGUAUAACUCGAUGAAAGAAGCCAAAUCGAUCCUGAUAAGAAAUAACCUGUCAAAUACGCCCUGGAACAAAUCCGUCGAAUUUAGCAGUAGUCUUUUUGUUCGAAAUGCGCGUUCACUGAUAUCGUCUUAGUUAUGACAGGGUGUCGUACAAAUCACAGAUGAUGGAGUUACAGGAGGCACGACCUCUGAUAAGAGACUCUGACCUAACCCUUCAACCUCGCACUGCUCCACGUUACAAAGUCUGGCUUCCCCUUGCUACACAACAGCUCCGACUCAGGAACUUGAUACAAGUUAUCGGUUACAAUUUGAAAGUUGAGGAUUCGACUGACGCCAAAGGAUGGUUUUACUAUACUCUUCAUCGCACAAACAUGUCGUCGCCGUUAUACUCGAGCGAGCCGAUCGACAAUACCUGUCCAAAAUGGGCCAGCUUAGAUGUUCCCGUACUCCAUGCUACAGGACACUCAGCUGCGAGCGAUAUAGUUCUCAGACUGUGGAGGAAAACUGAUGUGCAAGGCACGAGUACCGAUGUGACUAUACUAGCAUGUCGGUUGUCGCUUACGGGUCUGGUGUACCUGGGAACAAAACUUCCAAGUAACUUGGAUAGUUGUCUGAAAGAUAAUUCGUUAAUAUUUCACCUUCAAGGCGGGUAUUUUACACCGCCAUGCUGCUGCCUGAAUCCCCCAGAAUUAAAGCGCUACAUCGGCAUGAGUGUCCAAACUGUAGACGUGAGGGAUAGCUACACGGUUAACAAGUUAUGCAGCUUAAGAAGUAAGAUGCAGGCGCUGAAGCAGCAGUCAGAAGCUGCACGAGCACUGAGGGAUAGAAUUGCACUUGGGUACGAAUCUCAAAACCAGGUGGUCUAUCCUCAGUCUACGCUCAACAGGCUAUUGCAACCAAAACAAGCCAGCAGAAAGAAGAGAGCUGAAAGUCUGAGAAUAAGGAAAGAGCUGGAAGUCGCCAGAUUCAGAACGAAACUAUUGGAUCAGGAAAGGAUAAAAAAAGUCGGAGAGAUAAGGACCCUGAACCAGGUGCAUGCCAGCAUAGUAGAGGAGAACCAAGAUCACGGUUCAGAACUAAUGGAAAAGUACAGGGAGUUGAACAGAGAUAUUGAACGACUCCGCGAGUGGCGCCAAAGUCAGACGGAAAUUAGAGAAGCUUAUGCAUAUACGACAACGCGGCUUGCUCACCGUCGAAUGCAGCUGAUAUCGGAACUCGGCCUCAUCUAUCCCAUAUCUCGACUAGAGGAUGAUAGAUACACGAUAAACAACGUCCACCUACCAGAUAGCGAGGAGCUGGAUUCCUGCAAAGAUACUCAAGUAGCUGUGGCUCUCGGAUCAGUUGCUCAUACAACGCAAAUGAUCGCCAACUUCCUGAACAUCCCUACAAGAUAUCCGAUUAUUCACUGCGCAUCCAGGAGUAAAGUCAUUGACCACAUCACGGAAAACAUACCUGAUAAAGACAGACAGUUUCCGUUGUUUUCUCGAGGGAAAGACAAGCUGCAGUUCCAUUACGCAGUUUACUUGUUGAAUAAGAAUAUAGCCCAGCUCAGAUGGUACUGUGGACUUCCUACUGUAGAUCUUCGAGCUACCCUUCCUAAUCUUGCAUCGUUAAUCAGUAUAAAGCCGAAUCAACCCUUGGACGGGUCGAAGCGAACGUUUUCAGGGUCAUCGUUAGAUACAGAUCACAGUAGCACAGGAAAAUACAAAUCUCAGGCACCGCCACAACCACUGUCGACGCAUCUGCCUAUUCAGAAAGUAAUAUUUGAGAAGUGUAAGCAAUCGCGAUCAAUCGGUCGAUCUAAGAGCUCCAGGUGCUCACUGGGGGCAUCCUUAGACCAAGGAUUGGAUAAUCAAGCACAGUCAACAACUCUCGGUAACAAUACUAAGCGAAUUUGCAAGUCUGAGGAGGAGGCAAUCGAUGACAUGGCUUUAUCUUUAUCGUCAAAUAUUCCCACAGACGGCAGUGGUGAGACCAUAGGUCCUUUCACAGCCAAAAGCAAUGAUAUCGUAAACCGAACUCAAUUUGAACAGGGCCAAGAUCCUUUACCAAGAGAAGCUGUUGCUCCCGUUCUAGUUCCGUUAGAAAGCAAUAUAGAAAUCACUGUACCAAUAUCGGUAACAGAGAGAAACUCCAAUUCUGGAUUGGAUCCAGUUGAAAAUUCUAGACACCGGAGUUCAAACUCUGUAAGCAGCUGUGAAAUGGCGCUUUGUAUCGGACAGCUGGAUGGUGAUGAAUCUAAGUGUGACUUGGAUGGCGACGAGGAAACGUUUGUACACAUUGAACGGAUGGGCUUACGCGAUGAAGUGGAUGUGGCAACAAGUAGUACAAAUGGUUCCAGUACGGAAAUAGAAGAGAGACAUUUGGAAGUUGAUAAAAACAGCGUAUCGACAGAACGAGAUCAACGAUCCGCCAAAGAUGAGUCUAAACCUGUACCAACGGCGCUUGACUCGUGCUUUUUUAUGGACGAUGCUAUGGAGUAUGCCAGUAGAAUUCGGGAACAGAAACAACGAGCGGGUUCAGUUUGUAGUUUUCCAGAAGAAUAUUUAAUAACGGAGAAAAUUCCGCGACGAAAGAGAUACGAGUCCGAAUCAAGGGACGAAGGCCUGGAGACGCAAAGAUUUCUCGAAAAUUGGCGCAACAGUGAGUCCACAGCGCACUGCUCAGACGAGCAGCUGCCACAUCACCAGUACAAUUCAGUUCCAACUAAUGAAUCGCUGGUGUCGAUGCCGCCGACGGUAUUGAAGUCCUCGAGAGAUAACACGGAGCCCGAUGACUCGCGAACAUCAUCGGAAUACAUCAAUUCGAUUAGAAGGAGUUCCGAAAAUGUUUUCGCACGAACUGAGGCAUUGGCCAACAAACGUACCAGUUUCAAAGUAAUGAGACCACGCCAAUAGGAAACUCGGAAAGUACUGAACGCGAAUCGGGUGAGAAAGAUCAGAUAACGUACUCGGAAUUUUUGCAAAACCACCCUUUUCAAAGAGUAAUCUUUCAUACAAAUUGUAGACACGCUCUCGCCAUUGAACGAAUCUGUGCCAGGAAGGGGAAAAAGGAUAUAGAAGCGUUUGGCACAACGAAACUCAAUAACAAUCUGUGAUACAAUGAAUAGCAAAGUUUGAGUUACGAUUAGGGGUAUUUGCUAUUUUUGAAGGGAAUGCUAGAAGAGGAUUUACAAAUCGAGGAAUAAUGCCUUGCUAUAUUUAAUAAGUAUGAGCAUCACAGCAAGCUUUGCACGUUGAAACGACUUCUUACACUGAAUAUAAAUUUUUCAAUGGGAUUUUCACGACGCUGCCCUGCCCCUUGCGAAGGACGUCUCUGUGUAAUGAAAUACGUACUUUGAUUUAAAUUUAACCUGAAAUUCCGUACUGAGGUAAAUCUCUGUAGCCUGAACCUCGCCAGAGAACCUCACUCUCGAUACAGAGAGGACCUGCAAUGUAUUUAUUAGAAUGUAAGAUCGAUUAUUGAUUUAACAGUUGCAUUACCAUAUUAUGUGUACAUUAUAGAAUAAUGAAGUUAGUUUAUUAGAGAA